GUGUUCAAGGUCAUUUACUAAAACAACAGUGAAAGAUUGACAAAAUAAAUACAAAUAAUAUUAAAAACUAUUUACAAAAUAAGCUUAUCAGGCCUAUCUCCACAAACUAUAAUUCACAGAAGUCCUGCAGCCUUAUGUACUUCUGUCAGGUAGGUCUCAAAAUUGUCCAAACUGGUAAAUCGUUACGAUAACAUGUUAUCGUAACGAUAUUAUUUAUAAUAUCAUUUAAGGUUAGUAUUGUAUCAAGCAUCAUUAUGAAGGUAUCAUUUUCGUUACCUGAAGGAUGAAGGCUAUCAGAGAAAUAGUGCAGCUGAACUCAAGUAAAUUUUAAAAAACUGUCUCGAUUUUACCGCUUCUGCAAAACCUAAAGAAUUGUCGAUUGGAUGCACCAAUCGUAUCGUGACAGUUUAACCUUCAAAUUCUCUGUAACCUCGAACAAUGGACGAUGCCACUGGAUCGUUGCCGGGACGAAAGAAAAAGGGUUAAGGAUCAGGAAGGAUCCGAGAAACGUGAUAGUAGACGUCCUUUAACUGUUCGAGAUGUGAGUUUAAUUCGCUUGGCAAAGAAUGGGGAUUUGGAUUCAAUCAAACAAAUGAUAAAGGAAGGAGUAAACAUAAACGAGCAAGAUGAAACAGGUUGGACUGUAUUGCACGAAGCAUGUGUGCGGAACCUUCCACGUAUGGUUGAUUAUUUGCUACGACAUGGAGCUGAUCCUAGUAUCUCAAACAUAAGCGGUGAAAUGGCACUUCAUUGUGCUGCGCGAGUAGGAUGUCUGCGUAUUGUUCGAGCGCUCAUAUACUACAACGCCGACCCUUUGGUGUCGAACCACAGGGGUGAGAAACCUUUGGACUUGUGUCAUGACCCUGAGGUAUCCAGUUUUCUCAAACAACAUACUGAAACUAACCAAUCACACAUGUUAACAUCGUCUGGUUCUGGGAAAUCAUUACAUUCGAAAGUUCGCCAACAUGCACACGGUACAAAACAUCUGAUGUCUUCUUUUUCUGGUACGACAAUAUCCAGUUCUACUGAAUAUUAUGGUGGUGGGGGUAAAGAUAACAGUAGUAUAGCAAGUCCAUCAAAUGUUUGUUCAGACUCAGAAGAUGAUGGUCAUUCGCAUUCAGGUUUGAGUGUAACUACCAAUACAUCUCACCAUAAUAUUAGUCCUAUUAAUACUAACCAGCAGUUAGAUUUGAAUUGCUUAUCAUCUACCGGUCAUCAUAACCAUCCAACAUCUAGCCCAUCAUUGUCGUCUGUACCCAAAUCCGUAACUGAUGUGCACAUCUCUUCAGCAAAGUCAUUGAAGAAAGAUCCCUACGCGUUUGAAGAUGAUGAGAAUGAUGAGACGGUGAACAAUUCUGGGAACUCACUACUUCAUUCUGCGUCUGGUGUUAAUAAUAAUAACAAUACCAAUACACAGGCAACAGGACAUAUUGGAGUUCAUUCUGGUUGUGGUGUUAGUGUUGGUGGUCCAGCCAAUUUGAAUAAGUCAACUUCUUCCAAUUCUACCAUUUCUUCUUCUUCUACUACUGCUAUUACCACCACCACCACCACCACUACUACUACUACUACUUCUGUCAAUACAAAUACGAAUACUAGUCCAAAUAGUAAUAUCAGUCUUGGUAGUAUUGAUUCACUUUCAAAGCACACACGCCAACUGUCUUCUUCCAAUUUGUCAACAACUGUGGAGUGUGGAAAUACCACUUUGGAUAGUAAUAACGAUAAUACAUUGACGACAUUGACUGGUACAAUCAAUAGUGCUCUUACUACAACUACUGUUCCCAAUAAUAGUAGCAAUUACACAACUAGUAACAACAACUGUGCUAGUAUUGGUGGGCCUCCACUUCGGCUUCGUUUUGCAAAAGAAGCCGGUCAAUAUACCUUGAUGGAACAUCAACAACAACAGAUUGAUUUAUCCCUUUCGAGUUGUGAUGCAAAUCUUGUUCCUUCAUCAAGUGGAAUUAUUUGUACAACAACUGAAGCAUCUCAUGUCACUGUCAUUAGUGAUAGCGACAACGAUAACAAGAACAUGAAUUUUCAAAUGGAUAUUGAUAACAAUAAUAAUAAUAAUAAUAAUAGUAGCGAUAAUGUCAGUAAUGAGCAUAACUCCAAUAUGGGUACAUCGAUGACGAUAAAAAGUGAGCCAAUCACCGUAUCGGGUGAUGAAGAAUUGAAUCAUGUGUCUACAUCAUGCCAUUCAGAGUCAUCAGGAGGCGAAGAAAUCUCGGCACAGAAGGUUCCUCCUUUACGCAUAAAAUUUGCUUCGGGUACUUCUGGAGAUGAGUCAUCAUCAAUGACGUCGUCGUGCAUGUCAGUUGGAGCAACUGGUGGUGGAUUGGCAAUUCAUCCUAUUAAUAAUGUGGAGAAUAAUUGGAAUAAUGAGUCGAAUAUGAAUGUUAAAUGCGACGUGAAACCUCGUGUAUCUGAUGAUGGUUUGAUGACUGUGAAUAACAAAAGUGAUGGUAAGGAGGCUGGAGUCACUGUCACUUCUCUGGUUUCGACGAGUGUCGUUUCAUUGAAUGCUCUAGUUCCUGACAAAGUUUCAUGUUCAAGCGUGGAGAAUAUCGGUGACGGUAACAGCGGCAGUAGUACUACUACCACCAUUACUGCUACCGGCACUACCGAAACUGUGCACGAUCAAUAUUCUAGCUACCAUGAGAAGUUAUCUAAGUCUUGUGAUCAUGUUGUUGCAACGAAUGUACACCAUGACGAAUCGAGUACAGAGUUGUCCAUAUCUUGUACUCCCCCAUCAACAUGUAUCACUAGUGCUGGGAUGAACACUAGUGUGAAUAUUACGAGUGGUGUUAACACUGUUGAGAUGAAUAGCAAUCGUAGUAAUGCAAGUAAUGCUAAUCGGGUGAAGAUGGAUAAUACGCUGGAGACGAGUGAGUGUCAUGGAAAGAGUGGCAAUAAUAAUAGUAAUAAUAAUAACAACAACAACAACCACACGCACAAUCGAAGUAAUAAUAAUAGUAAUAAUACGAAUAAUGGUAAUCGAGAAGUGUCGAAAGAUACUCAUCGACAUCGUAGUGGGCGUACAUUACGUUCACAUACAGCUGCUCAACGUGAAAAAGAAGAAAAGGAACGUCACACGGAUGACGCUACUCCGAUUAAGAAGCGUAAACUUCGUUCUCGUUCGGAUACUGUGACAAAUCAUGAGAAUAUCAGUCAACAGAGUCGUAGUGGUGGUGGAAUUGGGACAGUAAAUGCAAAUAAUUCACCUGUAACAACUGUUCAUGCUGGUUCGUCAACUGAAUCUUCUAAUGUGUCGUUGUCUUCAAAUGCUGUUGUAAACAUGGAUGUGAUUGAAGAUACACAUGGUUGUUCAACUGUGACUGCUUCUUCUCAAAGUGACAGUCACAUGGAUAAUGAAGAGAAGAAGGUGUCUGUCGGGAGCUCUCAGUCUACAGUGCUGACGGAUAAAGAUACUACUGAUGUGCAUAUGACUUGUGUUUCUGAAAUGGAAGGAGGACAUUCUGUUUCAUCGUCUACCACCACUUCUUCUUCUACUAAUACUACUGCUACUACUACCACUCAUACUCCUACUCCUACUCCUACUCCUACUACUACUACUACUACUACUACUACUACUACUACUACUACUACUACUACCACUACUGACAAUGAUAACAGCAACAAAAUGGAAGUGGAUGGGAAACUAGAGAUGUGUGGAACUGCUGUGUCAGUUGUGACAUUGAAUAUGGAUGGAUCGAAUGAUGUGAAUGUCGUGUCAUCAGUCUCCGAAGUAGGAGUGACGACGGUGGUAACAACAACAGUAGGUGCAGCAGGAAUAACAACAUCAACUCCAUCAUCAUCGUCAUUAGCGGAACAGAUAGGUGGAUGCUAUAGUGAAGCAGAUUGUGAUAUGAGUUAUUUAUUUUGUCCCUCUGCUCCUGGAGAUGAAGAUCGUAAAGAUGUUGAGUUGUUGAAAUUUCAAAAUCCAUAUGACAAAGCUGCUGAACUGAACAAGAAUUUGCGUGAACUUGUCAAUAAUCUGGUGAAGGUCCAUCCGAAAGCACCUUGUGGUUAUCAAGAUUACCUGUUGGUUACUCGUAAUUACCUAUUGGCUAAUCAACUCUCAUUUGCUACAUAUGUGAAACGUUCAGCACCAAGUCAUUUGGAAGCGACGUUUGUGGAAUUGUUCAAUGAACAAGAAGAAGAACGCUAUGCUCAGGCAUUGAAACACCAAUCAGAACGAGAACACUUACAACUGGGCGCAGAACAAGCUGUUUUACGUGCUCAAACACGUGGUGCUUUAGCAGUGGCUAAUCAAUCGAAACCAUAUUCGUUUUGUUCAAUAUUAUCCUAUAAUGAUUUGACGUAUAUUCCACCAGUUGGGAAAUUAGAGAAUCGAGAAGAAGAGAAUAUACGCGAUCGUUUCACCCCUCGUACAUUUAUCGGUUGGCUUCAAGACAUUAUCGAUACAUUUCAGAAUGAAAAGAAGAAAUUACUCUGUCGACAACUUCAUGAAGCUGAGUCACUAAUGAUGGUGCAGAAACUUGAUUGGGAAAUGAAAACGCGUGAAACAUUGGCGUCGAAUAUCGAUUGUAUUGGUGUUGUGGAUGUAUUCAAAGACAUUCCAGCUAAUUAUGUUCCACUAAUCCCAGUGCCUAAUGAUUUUCCACUGUUCGCUCAUGAUCCGGUACAUCGAACGACAACGACUACCACAACAACAGCUGCGCCGGUGGCGGCGGCGGCAACAGCGACGACAAUGUCAACCACACCGAGUACUUCGAUCCCCAUCACCCCUACUACCAACACCAAUACACACACCGCUGUCAAUAAUAGCCCAACGGUAUCAGCAACGACAACUACGCUGACUAACAACUCAUGAUUGAUAUGAUGAAGGGGACUUGUUGUUUUCAUUUUCUUAGUGAUGAAAUUUAUGCAUUUUGUCAUACUUCUCCUUUCUUAGCUUUGAUUUGAUUUUGCCUUCUCAUCUCAACAAAAACAGCCGGUAAACUACUGACAUUCUACUUCUUCAUCCUCCUCAUCACAUUGACUUUGUGUUUGUGCGUGUCUGUUUGUUUGUGUACAUACUGUGUGUGUUGAUGGAUUGACUAAUUUUCCAAUGAUUUUCUGUUGUCAUCAUCCUUGUCGUCGUCCGUAUUUAUGGAAUAUUAAUAUGUCUACUGAAUGUGUAUCUGUUAGAUUGAUGAUGCUGAGCAGUUCGUGUAUAUGUGUGUGUGUUGGAGUUUUAUUUCUGUGUUGUGGUGAAACUGUCUUUAUGAUGUGUAAUUUGCCAGUGUCAAUAAGACUGGUAACAAUAAUCAUUGUUAAUUUUACUAUGAUUUGUAUAGUUUCUUUAUUUGUGUAUUCAGCCACUUAUUUGCGUAAUUAAUUAAAUGCAUAUGUUUAUGUACCUGAAUUAUGUAAGUAAAUAUAUUUAUUUUUUCCUUGAAAUAGUGGGGUUUUCCCUAUUCUAAAGGAUACAGUAUGGUGUCCAAGUUUGAAAAUGUAGCGGAUUUGAAAUCUUACGAUUUUCUCUC